CUUACACAUUACGUUGGAUUUAUGGAAGAUAGACUGUGACGUCCACAGUUCCUUCAGAGCUUCCGGUGUGCUACCUGGGCUUAAUCACACACAUUAAAUAACUAUUAAAUUAACAUACAGCUACCGAAUAUAUAAUAUGGGUCGUGUACAUGCAGACAGACACUUACAAUUACUUCAUCGAGCCACAGUGCAUUGUUAUUUAAUUUCGUUUAUAUAUCUCGUUUUGAAUAUCUUUUCAAGAGUUAAUUAGCAUUACUUGCAUGUAGAAAAAUAAGAAUUUUCGUGGUUGGUGACAGUUUUUAUUUUGUCACAAAAUUUGGAAUUUAAAACGUUACCUCACAUGUAAUUUUAAACAUAAAAUGGUUGACAGUAUAGAACUCAGGGAGAAUGGUUUAACUACUAAACAUGCGUUGCGGAACAGUUCGGGACUUAAACUUGAUCUCAACAAGAUAAACUCCCCGGCGGGACAGAGCCUUGGCAGGACAAAAAGCACAAAACGAUCCUGGGACGUUUUCGAAGUAAAACCAGACGAUGACAGAGAUGCAUCGCAGGACAGUUAUUGCCUGGAAAUAACGAAAAAAUGCGCAAAAGUGAUAGUCUGCAUUCUCUUCUUUAUCCUCAUCCUUGCGGCUGCAGUUAUUGCCAGGGGAACAUUGUUAUUUAUCACCUCACGAUUGCGACCAGAUAUCGAAAUAUCCUGUGAGGUUAAUCUAGACAUCUCAUUGCAACCAUAUUCAAUAACGAGCGAUUCCGGUGACGAUGUAUUGGCGAGACUACGAAGGCAAGUCGCCAAUACAAAUUCGACGGUUCCAACCACAUCUUUACCAUCGACGACGACGACGACGACAACAGCAACAACAUCAACAACGACAUUAUCGUCCACUACACUACCGCCUCAGGCGCUCAACCUGAAUAGCUGCUACAUUGUUCCCAAAGAUGUCUUCCAACCAGACGAUAAUGUUACCAGAUUUCGAAGAGCGGAUGCUCCCAGGGUGACGCUGAAGUUGUGUGACGAGUUGGCAGUAAAAUGGAUCUGGGCAUUGUUUGCUGUCUUAUGCUUGCCUUAUCUCUUGACUUUUGUCAAGUGCCUUUGGAAGAUUUUGUUCAAACAGACGGAAUGGCCGACGAUGAAAGUGGCAAUUUUGGUUACAUCAGUCGAAACCGCCCAUACUUGUGGAUUGUGUCUUCUAACCUUCCUUAUCCUACCUUAUUUCGACGUUGUCCAAAGCCUGAUGGUGCUCAACGGUGUUGCCUUCUUACCCGCCCUACUCCAACUGGUCAUCCGCCCAGCAAAAGAAAAACUCCGUCCAGUUAAGAUCACGUUUGACGUGUUGGCCACCCUGGCCCAAAUCUCGGCCCUGGUCGUCUGGCCGGUGGCCGCAGGAGUGGACAACAUGCAGGUCGUGUUUAGGGGCACUCCGGGCUACGUGCUUUGGCUGACCCCUCUGGCUCUACUCUUGAUCUCGUUCAGCUGGUGGGAGAACUACGUUUAUAUCGACACCAAAGCUCAUCACUCAAACAUGAACCCAGUGCGACGAUUUCUGACGAAGGCAAGGGCUGUAGUACGGCGCUCGAGGUAUAAGCUCUACGUGUUCAUGUGCCCAUGGAAGAUAGUUCUGAGCUUUGCUCUCAUGUUAGCUAUUUUCAUCGGGACUGGACGCUUCACCGCCGAGGAUAUGUUUUAUCUGCAACCAGGUCUUGCAAGAUGCGAAGCCGACUCUAACGUGUACUUUGGAAAAGAAGAUGUUGGCACGGACCUCGACGUUGUGUAUACGGCUGUCGUACUGGUGUGCGUACGUCUGGUUUGUUAUUACUGCUCCAAGGUGGCAUGCCAGGUGAAAAUGCAGCGGAUUAGCUUCGCUCCACCUCUGCUACUUGUCACCCCCAUCACGCUGGGUCUGCUAUUCGCAGGGUGCCACUUUUGGAAUAUCAACCAAACCACUUUUACGGGUAUCCCAGGUUAUCUAUUCUGGCACUGUUUCCCACCCGGAUCCUCUCUGACCAGCCUGUGGUCAUUUUGGUUCAUCGUAGCCUGGUGGCUGUCAUUGAUGUGGGUCACUAGACACGUGUGGAUGCCCAAUGCAGAGAGGCUAGCUAAGACUGAGAAACUGUUUGUGCGGCUGCACUACUGUGGCAUCCUUCUUGACCAGUCGCUAGGACUAAAUAGAAGACGGAACGAUGAAGAAACUGCGAAACGAAAGAAGAAACCCGCUUUCAUGAGUAUCAAGCACGAGGCCGGUUCCCCGGAUGUACCACCCGAAGAAAAACCGCCAAUGAUAUACGUUUGCGCCACCAUGUGGCACGAGACUGAGAACGAGAUGAUACAGUUUCUGAAGUCACUGUUAAGGCUGGACGCAGACCAAGGCACCAGAAAACUGGCCAGAGACCAUGACCUCCUGGGAGAAGGGGUCAAGGACCAGGACUACUAUGAAAUGGAAGGUCAUAUAUUUUUCGAUGAUGCGUUUGAAGCUCACGAGGAAGGUAGCACUAACUAUAAUGUGAACAGCUUUGUGAAACUCCUGGUUAAAGUAAUGGACACGGCGGCGAUGGCUGUCUAUAAGGAGAAGAUUCAAAUUGACCCCCCAGUUAAGCGCCCUACACCGUACGGAGGUCAGCUUGAGUGGACAUUACCCGGUGAGAACAAACUGGUGGCCCACCUCAAGGACAAGGUCAAGAUCAGACACAGGAAAAGAUGGAGUCAGGUGAUGUACAUGUAUUACUUCUUGGGACACCGGUUAUACCAGAACACAGAGGACAGGCGCAGUUUGAUCAACACGGCGGACAACACAUUUGUCUUGGCCCUAGACGGCGAUGUAGACUUCCAACCGUCUGCUGUAAAAAUUCUCGUCGAUUUGAUGAAAAGGAACAGUAAAGUCGGCGCUGCCUGUGGUAGGAUACACCCUAUCGGUUCAGGGCCCGUCGUAUGGUACCAGAAAUUUGAAUAUGCUGUCUCUCAUUGGUUCCAAAAAGCAACAGAACAUAUAAUUGGAUGUGUGCUUUGCAGUCCCGGAUGUUUCAGUUUGUUUCGCGGGUCUGCUCUCAUGGACAACAACGUGAUGGCGAAAUAUGCAGAGAAACCACAGGAAGCUAUGCACUAUCUUCAAUAUGAUCAAGGUGAAGACAGAUGGCUAUGCACACUUCUUCUCCAGCAAGGCUAUCGUGUGGAGUACAGCGCCGCCUCAGACGCUCUGACCUACGCUCCGGAGGGCUUCGACGAGUUCUUUAACCAACGAAGGCGGUGGACACCGUCAACUAUGGCAAACAUUCUCGACUUGGUAAUGAGUUUCAAGCGCACUGUGAAAAACAACGAGGAUAUCUCCAUGUUGUACAUUUUCUACCAAGCUGCACUGUUGAUGUCGUCUGCUCUUGGACCGGGUACCAUAUUUUUGAUGGUCGUUGGGGCGCUUCAAACAGCGUUUGCGCAGUACAUGGACCUCUGGACAGCGUUCUUCUGUAACUUGGUUCCAGUGCUGAUCUUCAUAAUUUUGUGCUAUGUGACCAAGAGCAAGGUUCAGCUUAUCGUGGCAUUCAUCCUGUCGGCAAUCUAUGCUCUAGUCAUGGCCUUAGUGCUGGUCGCCAUUAGCAUCCAGAUAGCCACGGAAGGCCCUUGUUCUCCGAGCGCCAUAUUUCUCUUUUUCGUCGCGGGGAGUUUCGUGCUGGCCGCUAUUCUUCAUCCACAAGAGUUCACCAAUAUACUGAAUGGGUUCCUGUACUUUUUAGCCAUUCCUUGCACGUAUCUGCUUCUGUUUAUUUACUCCAUGUGUAAUCUUCACGUGGUAUCGUGGGGAACACGUGAGGUUACGGCAGCCAAGACACCCGAACAGAUAGCGGCGGAGAAAAAACUUGAAGAAGAGAAGAAAAAGAGGGAAGGCCCACUAGCAGAAUUACUAGGUCUGGGCAAGACCAAUCAGAACAUCGGCGGGUCCACAUGUUCCAUAUUCAACCUACUGCGAUGUGUGUGGUGUCCUAAACCAAAGCCAGACUUGGAAAGGGAACGACUGGCAGCCAUUUUGGACAAAUUGGACAAUCUCGAGAGGAAAAUAAUUGGAGACGAAGAAGCUGAUUCACAUUCACAUGGUCGAACAAGAGUGGGCAGUAAUUCUUCAGCAAGACUUUCUGCUGUUCCCGAAGACGAAGUUUUAGAGGAUCAACCUUCUAACAUAUUGUCUCCGGCAAGUCCUUCCGAUAACGAGGCUCCGUAUGACCACGUGCAAAGAGAUGACAUGUUCAACCCGUAUUGGGCCGAGAAUAAAGACCUUGGCAACAACAAGAUCGUCCACUUAAAACAGAACGAAGUUGUUUUCUGGAAAGAUCUUAUCAAGAAAUAUCUUUAUCCCCUAGAAAGCGACAAGGCACACCAAGAACAAGUUGCGAAAGACCUUAAAGAGCUGAGAAAUAAAGUCACCCUUGGAAUUUUCAUUGUGAAUGCUCUGUUCGUGGUCGUUGUUUUUACCUUGCAACUAGCGAAGGAAGCCACGCAAGGAGUCACGUUACCAUGGCCAUUAAAGUGUCCAGGAUAUGUAGGAUCAGAUACCCUGCGACUGGAACCAAUUGGAACUGUUUUUCUCCUUUUCUUCGGCGUGGUUUUGCUGAUUCAGUUGAUUGCAAUGGUGUUUCAUCGCCUGGCAACGUUCUGGCACAUCAUCGCCACCACCAAAAUGUUGGCCACGGAUCACGUGCAAGACGCGCUGGAAGCAGUGAGAUCUUUAAUCAGAGAUAAACCUAAAGACGCCACUCUGAGUUUGGGAUCAUCUGGUAGUAUAGUGAACCUAGACACAGAUGCAAUGGCCAUGAAGAGAACCCGUACUUUCAGAGGAUUCGAUCAGAGAGGAAAAAAGGUGAAGAGGACAACAACGAUUCGGGAAGUGUUCGACAAGAAAUUUGCUGCUCUUGGACAAGAACUGAACGAAAACGAUGAAAUAUACGAUGAUGUUUAUAACACAGUCGGCAUCACAUCUGGCAUGUCUCGAAAACGCUCAGUGCGCGCGCUCAAAUCAUGGCGCCAGAGGCGAGAAAAGUUAUUCAACCAAGAACGGCUCAAUGAAAUCAACCAGCAGUGGGACUUGUCACCACAAGAUAUAAAUCGCGAAAGAAAUAAUCUUCGAAAGAGUUUUCUUCGAAAUAAACGUGGUCGAGGUCGUGAACCACUUAGUCAUGUCACAGAAGAUCCAGAAUCUGGAAGAAGUAGUCGUAACCUAAGCGGUAAUGACUCUGACGACGCCAACCCAUCUUCUGUGCACGUCAAUAUGGCAAGGACCGACAUGUAGAUUUUGGAUUCUUCAUAUUGUAGAAUCAUUCAACCCUUUUAGAGUAAAUAACUAGUAUGACCACUCAUUCAAGACUGACCGCGUUACAACAUAGGCUAUUAAUUCAGGACAUUUUAAAAGGUCUACAUGGGCUCCUAGACUGUAAUUGUUAAAUACUGUAUAUGCUCAUUAAAACGAGUGACGGAGAGGUUGAGAUAGCCUAGAUCGGUCCUUGUUUUUUCUUAAUUGUGAGAAAUUCUGUUGCGUUAUAUGCCUAUAUGCCCAGUCAUUGUUCGAUGCCGUUUUUAAACUGAAAUAAGAUGCAUUGUAGAUUCUGUAAGAUAUUGUUGAUAACAUGUGAAUAUUUUUGUUGUGUCUGAAAGAUUUUUGCGAUAAGUGAUAUGGCGCGAACACAUUGUAUACUAAUUGAAUAUAUAAGAAUAAUGAUGUGUUAAUUACCUUGAUUAUUUAACGGACUGUAACCUUGUCCUAUUAUCUUCAUAUGCCUUUAAUGCUUAUAAAACACAGCAUUCACUUAAUCUACCUCCAAUAUAUUUAAUUGUUUUUUUUAUGAUUUAGAUUAAAAUUGUAUUGUAUAUAAGAAUAAUUGGAUAUCAGUGCUGGUCACGAAACCCAGUUACAUGCUCAUUUAAUUCUUUUAUGUACUCUAAUAAAUUAGGAAGUCAAAUAUUGCUGUGUUUGCUUUAAUCAGGCAGUAUUUGCCAAGAUAGCAUGGAGUGAACGGGCCUAAAUAAGGCCUCACACUGCUUAUCUGUUGUCCCAUGGACUAUUGUCAAAGAUGGGCGAAUAUGUCAUUUCAGCUGACCAAAUGCAACGGUUGCACGGCCCCGAUGAAAAUCGCAGCAGCUUUAAUGUUAUACCAUGAAUUCUCUUUCUGAUACUUGUGUACAGAAGCGAAUCACAACUACACAACGUAUAUCGAAUUGAAUAAUUUUUAUUGACAUAAUUAUAGAAGCGUUCAUUAUAUUGCCAUGUCAAAAAUCUUCUGUAUUAAUGGACAAACAACUAAUUGAGAAAAUAUUGGAACAUGCCUAGAAAGAAAUUGAAUUGCCGCGAACCGAAGCACGACAUAAGAAGACAACUGGACAUAGCAUAGAGCAGCGUCUUAGCAAUGUAAUCAUCGUAUCAAGACUACUGCAGUAUAUGGAUAGCUAUUUCCAAGAUUAUAUUAUGAUGUUUCACUAACCGUCCCUAGACAAAUGUUUUCUAGACUAACAAUUUUCAGACAGACCCUAUUUCAAAAAGUGUUAACGUUUUUUUUUAAUAAAAAAGA